AUGCCAUCCCAUCGGCUUCAAGGUAUUGGGAGACAGCAGCAGUGCAGUCUGGGGCGUCAUAGACAUGAUCCUAUAGACCGACUUCCCCGAUUUCCAAAAGAAAUCUACGGCUCGUUUCAAGGCGGUAAUUUUCUCAUUAUUCCUCGCGAGAGCGAUGGCAACAAUUCAACUUGCUUCUUUAUUGAGCUUGCUCAGAGAAUGAUCCCAAAAGAAGCCAUCCUGGAGAAUUUGCAGCACCAGGCGCAGAACAUCUUCCGCCUUCGCCAAGACGAUCUGGUGAUUGUCGAGACUUAUGUGCUUGAGAGAAAGACGAUGGCCAUUGAUCUGAUCAACCUUGAUCGCUACUUCUCUAAGCGCUUUUCUUCUGGAGCAAAUACCACCCCGCUGAAUUUCAAGAAGGCUUGA